GUCGACUUCACUGCCACCUGGUGCGGCCCAUGCAGGAUGAUUGGUCCUAUUUUCCACAAGCUGGCCGAGACUACCGAAGGUGUUGCCUUUGCCUCUGUCGAUGUCGACAAGAACAAGGAGGUUGCCGAGAAGUAUCGUAUCCGCGCCAUGCCUACGUUUGUCUUCAUCAGGGAUGGUGAGAAGGUUGAUGAGCUCGCUGGUGCCAACAAGGGCGGGUUGGAGAACAAGAUCCAGUCUCUGGCUGCUUGA